GUAGCCUAGUAACAAUCGCCGUGGACUGAAUGAUCUAAUAUCGCAUCCAUCCAGUUUGCCCAGAGACACGGCACAAUUUUUCUAGCUUUAUUUAACGGCGACAUUGGCGUUUCGAGGCGAUUUGUUGUCGGUAGAUGAGUAAUUUGCGGUAAACUGGGCAGAGUUUCGAUGAAGUGUGCGCGAGAGCUGCGCGCGCUCAGCAGCAGCAGCAUCAUCAGCACCAACCUCGAGCUCAAAUCCAGCACAGCUCGCAUCUCACAGCAUCCUCUCCUCGCAUCCGAACAGGAAAAAAAAAGAGACAUUUGCAAAAAGUUUGAGGAUCGACUUAACGCUUGAGGAGUCAUCGUUUGGGGAAUGAUGUGGGGUGGAAGAGGAGCAGCCUGGCUGUGGAUUUGGACCUGUUUACUGGUCGUUAAUGUUCUGACUGGAAUAAGCUCCAGUCAGAAAGCAGAUGAGCAGAAAGACAACACUACAGUUUUCACCAGGAUUCUGGACAGUCUCCUUGAUGGCUACGACAACCGUCUGAGGCCUGGGCUUGGAGAGCGUGUAACUGAAGUCAAGACUGACAUUUUCGUGACGAGCAUUGGACCGGUCUCGGACCAUGACAUGGAGUACACCAUAGACGUGUUCUUCAGACAGAGUUGGAAAGAUGAGAGGUUGAAGUUCAAAGGUCCCAUGGCUGUGCUUCGCCUCAACAACCUGAUGGCCAGCAAAAUCUGGACCCCCGACACAUUCUUCCACAACGGCAAAAAAUCAGUCGCCCAUAAUAUGACCAUGCCCAACAAACUGCUGCGGAUCACAGAGGAGGGAACUCUACUCUACACCAUGAGGCUUACGGUCAGAGCUGAAUGUCCCAUGCACUUAGAGGACUUCCCAAUGGACGCUCAUGCUUGCCCUCUCAAAUUCGGCAGCUAUGCGUACACGAGGGCUGAAGUGGUGUAUGUUUGGACACGAGGGGCGGCGCAGUCAGUGGUCGUGGCAGACGACGGGUCUCGUCUCAACCAGUAUGAUCUAAUGGGACAGACUGUGGACUCGGGUGUGGUGCAGUCCAGCACUGGAGAAUAUGUUGUCAUGAAAACACACUUCCACCUCAAGAGGAAGAUCGGUUACUUUGUCAUCCAGACGUAUUUGCCAUGUAUCAUGACAGUUAUCCUGUCCCAGGUGUCCUUCUGGCUCAACAGAGAAUCUGUCCCUGCCAGAACUGUGUUUGGAGUGACCACUGUUCUGACGAUGACCACCCUGAGUAUCAGUGCCAGAAACUCUCUUCCCAAGGUGGCCUAUGCCACAGCUAUGGACUGGUUCAUUGCUGUCUGCUACGCCUUCGUCUUUUCUGCUCUCAUUGAGUUUGCCACGGUGAACUACUUCACAAAGAGGGGUUAUGCCUGGGAUGGAAAAAGUGUAGUGCCAGAAAAGCAAAAGAAGAAGAAGGAGUCUUUACUGAAAAAGAACAACACCUACACUGCUGCAACAGCAACAGCUUUUGCUCCCAACAUUGCCAGAGACCCUGGUUUGGCAACUAUUGCUAAAAGUGCCCCUCCUCCCCCAACCGAGCCCAAGGAAGAGCCCAAACCCAAGCCGCCCGAGGCAAAGAAAACCUUCAACAGCGUGAGCAAGAUCGAUCGGAUUGCCAGAAUAGCCUUCCCGCUCCUCUUCGGAACCUUUAACCUGGUGUACUGGGCCACUUACUUGAAUAAGAAACCCAAACUACAGGGCGCCCUACAACCCCACUAAUUCUUCUCCUUUUGCUUUACUUUAUCGUUCGUUUUUCUUAUAUUUCUUUACAACAAAAAACAACAAAAAAGUGAAAACAAACUAUUUGUCUCGAAUUUGUUUCAAAGAUAGUCAAGUUCCCACUUUCAAGUUUGUGUCAACAUAUGUAACAUAUCUUCCUAUAUGAAAAAGAGAUGGUCUGCAUUAUGUACAUACCACUGCAUUGAAAGGGAACUCUAUAUACACACAGACACAGUAGGGUGAAUUCACUAAACAGUUGCACAACUUUUCCACACAGUAUUUCAGUGCAAAAACCUGCGUCUUUUUCACUAACCACAGCAAUCCAGUAUAACCAGGCACUAAAUUUGCAGUAUUUAUGUCACUGUUAUUCUUUUCAGUGCAAAUGCGUCUUCUUUCUAUGUAAAUUAGGCUUAUUAUUGAUAUUGACAAUUUAUUCACAAAAAAAAAAUCAGUGCCAUUGCACUAUUACCACUCACUGAAAGCAGGACGUAAAUGUAAUUUUAUUCAAAAGAGACGUUUGUGCACCAAUUUUGUAACACUUUACAUUUAAGGAAUAUUUUGGUUUCAAUACAAGUUAAGCUGUAGUGAGUGGGGUAGAAAUGUUAAAGGUGCAAUCAGUAAUUUUUUCCCCAUUAAAAAAGUUUUACUCCUAAAGAAAUGAAUAGCAAUUUAGAAACAUAUGCAUAAAAUCAUGAACACACAUGAGAUGAGAACUCCAGUCAUAUCAGUAACCUCAUAAAAGCUGUUUUAUUCUACAUGGGGCGGGGGCGCCCUCAUGGGUGCUGCCAUUUUAGAAUCACAUGAUCAGCUGAAUACUACUCGCUUUAUCUCAGUAACUGUCUUGUUAUUGGACACUUUCACUCUUGGAUUAAAUUAGUCAUGGCUGAUUGUGAAUAGUGAAUUUCUACAAUGGCAUCUGUAACUGAAAACUAUUGAUUUUGAAUGAUGCUGCAUCCACACCACUAGGUGUCACUGUAAGUCCAAUAUGACACAAACAAAAAGUUUCUGAGUAUGCCUUUACAGCUCAAAUAACACACAAUUUUUAACAGAAGAACUAAUUGAAGUGUUUUUACAAGCGUAAAGUUGUUUAAAUAAUCAUUUACUGUCAUUUUAGGGUUUAAAGGUUUAUGGAGUUACAUCAUCAUGGCAACAAACUGUAAAACUGAACAUAACUUCAGAUAGUAAAAGUAGUAAGCAAUUUUGUCCCACUAAAAUUAUGUUAACACACAUUAUUUCCAUCUUGUGGCUAUACUUUGAAAUCAUUGACUAUUUAGUGUAUUCAGAUUGGCCACAUUCACCAUUGUAAGUACCUCUCCAUAACCCAGAUUAUUGCUUUUUGUAAAGAAAAGGAGGAACUAGCUGAAAUUAAUUUUUUGUGGUAAUCAACAUUAUACCACAAAUGUGAUUGAGCUGAACUUGUAAUGAACCUGGAAUAUUCCAUUCUUGGAUUGUACCCUUUAUUAAGGUUAAUGAAGUGGUUUAUUAAUGAUGCAAAGUGCAGACCAGCACACUUAAGGCAUUUUAAAGAGUUGACAGUGGUGGAGUGAUGCUGUAUAGUCCCAGUAAAGUAUGGCAGAUUGCAGUAGUCUGCUGCAUUCUACACAAUAUAGCGCUCAGAACCGGCCUGCAAGAUGGGCAGCUGCAAUGUGCAAAUUGAGUUUAGCACAGAUUUUUCAGCCUAAAACAUCACAGACAACCAAACAGCGCAAUCAGUUCAUUCUUAGUGAAUUCUCCCAGCUGAAUCAUACUCGAGAAACUGCUAUUCUGCUAACACACAUAGUAAAAUGUUUUGCAUUACAUUAGCAUUGUACAUGGAACAAGUUUGCAUGGAUGAAGCUUUUCUGUUUCAGCUUGAUUUGGACAAUGCUACCUACAACCAAGGUCAUGUUUCUCCAUUCUAGUCUAGUUUUCUGGAUCUUAAAUUAUAUACAGUAUUAUAUUGAUAUGCUAAUAGGGUUUCAUUAAAAGCAAUAAAACAUGUCUCAGUGGAGGAAAAAAAAAAACAUUCAUUUACUCAUGGAUAUAUAAAAAAAAGAGAAAUUAAAAACGAUCAAAGUGUAUAUCAUAAAGCAUACUAUUUAUUUAGUUGUCAUGUAAAUAUUACAAAGUGUUAGAGAUGUGAAUAUUAAUUUUGAGCUUUGCUAAAUGUAACUACAAGGUACAAACUCAGUGCUUGACAUAGAGAGAGUGUGUUUUGUUUCAAGUUGUAUGGAACAAUAGGGAGAUUCGGGUAUAGGUAUAUAUACAGUACAUGUAUGAUUUAUUUAUUUUUAUUUUUUUGAUCCACUAGAAACUAUAAACUUUUGGUGAUUAAACGUGCAGAUGUACAUAAAAUAAAAAACACACAUUUGGACACUUCACAGACAUUUUCAAGAAUGGACUACAGUAGAUACUUAGAAAGAAUGUAAACUAACGUCUUGAUGUUGGAAUGCAAUUUUAUAUUUAGCAUUAAAUAACUCUUUAUUCUGUAUUUUGGUUAAUGGUUUUUGUGACAGAUAUUAUGGUUGGCGCACAAUGCAUAUAAAGAAUACUGGCACUAGAGUUAUGUUUUAUGUGCUGCUUUUUGCUAGCAUCACAUUUGGUUAAAGGAAUUGCUCAGCCAAAAAAUGAAAAUUCUGUCAUCAUUUACUGACCCUUCCGUAUGACUUUAUUUCUUCGGUGGAACACAAAAAGAUAUUUUGAAGAUUGUGCUGGUAGCUCUUGCCCUUGUAAUUCUGAGGCAUAUGAUAGCGUUUAAAAGAGUGCAAUUUAAGCUGUUGAACCAAAUUAAUUUUAUUCAACGGCAAUUUAAGCCAACCAGUUGAACCAAAUCCCUGUAAAUGUUCCCCUCCAUUGGGCUGUUAACCAGUACAAUUCAUUAAAUAAUCAUUCUGAGGUGUGUUUCCUGUACAACGACGUAACUCACUGCUUAAACAUCAUAGAACGAUGCAUCGUUGGAGAAAUGAUCUAGCUAGUCACGACUGUUUCCCAAAACCAUAGUAACUAUGUCGCACAUCCAUUGUUUGAACCACGUUGGUUCAACAAUAUAUAGGUGUCAAUAUGAUGUUAAACAGAGGGUGGAGUAAUAAGUUGCAUGGAUAUUAAAUUAUAAAAGCUCAUUUACACGUACACCAGCCUUUUAAUGUGAGAAAGCUGCAGAAAACACCAAAGCGGCAUGCACAGUGUAAUGCGUCAGAUACAUUGCACUCCAAUAAUGGGGUUUCCCUCUAUAUCAAACUUUAGGGUUCCCCCGACGCACUUUAGCACAUACUGUAUGCACAUGCACACUCUUCAAAACAAAUAAACAACACUUAUGCUUUAAAAUAAACACAUAAAAUCCAUGUUCUCCAACAGAAACUGUGUUUGAUAAAACGCUUUCUCGUAACAGCCUUUAAUCCCUUAAACAGCUGCACUCACAUUUAUGUGAUGUUUCAGAAGUCGUUUUCUUAAAUGCAUGUAAACGUGGUCAAAGUACUGACAGAAUGAAAGAGAUAUAUGGAAUGAAAGAUAUAGAAGCCUCAGCAAAGUCAAAUGAUGUCCACACUAGAGGUCUGCACGGGCCUUAAAAUGAAACCUGAACCCGACCCGUACCCGAGACCAUGUGGCCCGACCCUACCCAGCCUGAAUGAUACCAUCAGAUUUUAAGGCCGACCCGAACCCGAAAUUGCUUACUAUCUAAUUUCUUCUCCUAGCAAGUAGUUGCAAUAGGCUGCAUUUUAUGUAAGCAUAAAGGCAACAUUAGUAACAGUACUGAAACAGUAAAAAUACACAGUUUUAACAAGGCACAGCAGCUCCUCAGUACACUAGAGCAGAAGGAGAAAAAAGCAUUGCCUUACCGUUUAUGUGCUGAAACUUCACUUGGUGCAGAACAAUCUGGAAUAAUAUGAAACACUGCAACAGUCCCCUCUAUGCAGCCUGAACUUGUUUAGAAUGUUGAAUCUUUGUGACAACUGUGCUGAAGGCAAUCUAGUUGCAACGCAAAGAAUGAAACAGAGUGCAGGUGUCUCAACAUACGUUUUUGACAAUUUGAAGUUCUUUUUAACUUGACAUGGUGUUUAAAAUAUGCCGGUCCUGCACGAGACACUGAAGAAAAAGUGAGACGCAGUGCAAAUGUCAAAGACAUUCAUCCAGCAUGUGUUUAAACAAUCGGAAAACAGAACAGACACGUGCAAAAACAUGUUCGGAGUGAAUGGCCCCUAACUCGUCCAUUCGCACGUGUCUGUGAGUGAGAGCGCGUGCGCAAAACAAGUUCAGUAAGCCUGUUUAUUUUUUCAUUAAUUACAAACCCCAACCUGAAGUCCUAGUUGAAAAACUGACCUGAACCCAGCCCAAAACCCGUCGGGUUCUCGGGUCACAUUGGGCCCGAGUUGGGUUGCAGACCUCUAGUCCACACUGCAAACUAACAAGGAGCUAUGUUUCUAACCACAGGUAAAGAGUUGUAGUUCCAACCACACAACUUUGCUAUGCUGUUUGCAAAUAUUCGUUGGAUGAACUAUUUUGAUAAAGAUGAAAUUUGCUACCAUAGAUUCAUGAAUGAGCUUCUCCAUGCUAUGACUAUCUCAAGAUCGCACCAAGAGGAGUUAGGAUGGAUGUCAACAUUUUCAGUAAAUAACGUCUUCAAUUUUCAUCUGUUUGAAACACAAAGCAAUCAAGUGGCUUCAUAAGACUCGAAUAUUGUGCAUAAAUCACAUAAACCAUUUUUAAAAUACCUUAAAGUGACUUAACAUCCUUUUUGAAGCUUAAAAGCUUCAGUUCCCGUUCAUUGUAAUUACAUGGGAAGGAGUGACCAGCAUAGUCUUCAAAAUGUAUCUUUUUGUGUUCCACUUUAGAAAGUGAUACAGGUUUGGAUGACAUGAAAGCGAGCAAAUUAUUUUUAUUUUAGGGUGAACUAUUCCUUUAAGCAAGUCAUGACCAUUCAAGAGUAGUGCCUUUUCUAUAUUUGCAAUUUGAAAUUCUUCCAUAGAAGGCACUCUCAUCUCAGAUAUUUGUUUGUUGGAUUUAUCUGGGCAACCUUUUCAAAAACAUCACUCAGAAAGUACCAGCCACACUGCCUUUGUCUCACAUGCCAUUAGAAAGUAAGCCUAUCCCAUUCCAGACAUGUUUGUAAAUGCUUGUUGAUGACAACUAAUGGAAUAUGCGUCUAGAUAUCAGUCAUUUUCUACUACACAUAAAUAUAUCUUGUACUGCUAAAACAAUGCCAAAUUCCUUUAUGUUUGAGGCGUGAUGUAAUUUGCUCUUCAAACACCUAUUGAAAAGAAACCAAACUUUCCUCUCUAAUUUUUGGACUCUGAGAGACAGAGUUUCCUCUUAUUCAUGCAUUACUUUGAUGUAGCAAUAUAGACUAGUAAGGGCUUUUAUGUGAUCGAAACAAUAAGGCUCACCAUUAUGGUCAAUCUGAGUUGCUUUUCUUGGUAUCUUUCUGUAUGCAUACAUGUACAAAGCUCCUGGCAUUGUGUUUCAGAUUGUGUUUUUUUUUUAUUUUUUUUUUUUAGUGAUGAAUACAUAUCCACAAAUUUUGGAAAUGGGUGUCUUUGGGGUCUGCCAUUGGACAAGGACAUUUCUGGUGGAACAUCUGGACAAUGCAGCUAAAUGUCAUUUAACCCUUUUUAUUUGAUUCUUUAAAAUACUUUUUUGAUAGCAUCUAGGAAUUUGCUGAGUUUGGGCUCACGUGACAAAAGGUGUACUCUGGGAUAUGUGUGAAUAACAGUAUGCAAAUGCACAGUAAUGAGACUGCCAAACUUUUGUCAAUGAGGUACAAUUAUGAGUUCAUUGAGAUCUCAAUAUCUUGUAUUGAUGUUUAAAAUGUUGAAAAAUUAGAAGUGUAUAAUAUAUAUAUAUAUAUAUAUAUAUAUAUAUAUAUAUAUAUAUAUAUAUAUAUAUAUAUAUAUAUAUGUAUAUAUAUAUAUAUAUAUAUACAUACAUACACACACACACACACACACACACACACACGUAGAUACUGCAUAUAUACAUGUUCCAUGACACUUGUUCUAAAGAUGUUACACUUUAUUUGUACCAACCUCUUGAAAUGCAUUUUGCACAUUUUAGGCAUAUUUGUCAUUUAUGUAGUCAGCUUUGUGCUAUGCAAUGACAGCUUUGAACCAUAUAAAUUAGCUUUUCACUCCACAUCAAUGUCUUUAACAUUUUCAACAUUGUAAAAAGCUCAAGUCAUUUAUGAAUCAUGCACCCUACUUAGCUGUGGCUCUUUCGUCAUUCAGAAAAGGAUGGAGAAAAAAAUUAUUAAGGAAUGAUGGUUCGGAUAUGAGAUAUUACAUUUUAGUGAAAUGGCAAUAUGGCAAUAACAUGAAAAAAAAAAAAAGUUGGCCUAUUAAAUAAUUUUAUUUCUACAACAACUAACUGGAAUAUUCAGAUUUUUUUAUGCAUUUAAUAUAUGUUAACAAAUUAGUAAACCAUUUAGGAUUUUUUUUAUUUUAUUUUUUAAUUAAUUUUAUUAUUAUUAUUAUGGGCAAUUAUAGCACUUCAUAUGCAUUCCAGAUUGUAAUGUGGCUCGCAUUGCAUUGGAAAAAUUAAAUACGAUUAAUUUCAAAGCUAAAAUUAUGCUUGGCAAGAUUUAAAGUACCAACAAACUUUAAAGGAGGAACAUAUGCUAACACGGACACAGACACAAACAGACUUGCACACAAGAUCAGGGUUUGAGUAUGAUUUCUGCUGUACUGUAUACACUGGGAGAUGGCUAUCCUCCUUGUAAAUGUUUGCUUUCUUAAUGUUAUUGCCCUGUAGGAUUUUAUUAUUUUCACUGGUCAUAAAAUAAAAUUUAAUUAAAUUGAAUCAUAAACUUUUA